AUGAAAAACUUUAAUCAAAUAUUUUUAUUAUUUAUUUUAAUAGCGGUUAUCGCUAUUGGUAAAUCAAAUUCAGCAAAAAUCACAAGUUAUUCAGUUAUUAGUCAAUCAUAUUAUACCGAAAAUCCAAAUAAUCCAUCAGAAACUGGUUGUAAUACUGUAUUUGAUUUAACAUUUAAUUAUGAAUAUGGAUUAAAUAUUAUUUUCACAUCAGUUGUAUCAGAUGAACCCAAUUUGGUUUUAUUAUCAUCAAGUACUAUUGUUUCAAAUUCAACUUUAAGUACAUUUAGAUUAACUUCAAGAAUUAAAGUACCUGGGUUAGUUACUGCCACAUUUACUGGAAAGUAUAAUACAAAUACAAACUCAAAAAUUAAAGGUGAUAUUGGAAUAACAUGUUUACUCCAACCAACACCAACUGACUUACAUAUUUCUGUACCAAGCAAUCAAUCAACUCCAAUUAAUAGAAAAGGACAAAAUACUUUUGAUGUUGCAAUUUUAGUUGGCCAACCACCAACAGACUCACUUAAUUUUAAAAUUAAAAAUGAAGUAUCAUCACCAUUCACAUUAUCAUAUGAUCAAUUUUCAAAUAAUAAGUUUAUACUAAAAUUUGAACUUGAAUAUCCAACACAAAUAACUGAUAAUCCAUCAAUUGAAAUUGAACCACAAUCAACAAGUGGUUCAACUAUUACAAAGUAUAAAACAUUUUUUGUUUAUCCAUUAAUUAAAAAAUCAUUAAAUAGUAAUUUUAUAAAUGGAGCAAUUUAUCCAACAUCAUCUAGUACAAUUGAAUCCAAAGAAGUCUUUGCAUAUUCAACAUUUCAAUCUUUAUCUGAUGAUGGAGAAUCAGUACCAACAUUUUUUGAUGGAUUAGGAUCAAUGAGUGUUGCUUUUCCAGUUGGAAGUUCUUCAUCAAAUUCAAAUUUUUUAGCAAUAAUUAAACCAAUUAGGUCUUCAUCUUAUUCAAAUUUAACAUUAUUAUUAACAAAUGAAAAUUUAGUAGUUUCUGAAUUUAAACCAUGGAUCGAAUCAAAAACUUUAACAUUUGACAAUAAUAAUUCUCCAAUAGUUAUUGGAAAUUAUUAUUUCUCAAAAUUAUCAUGGGCAGAUGCUACAACAGGAUUACCAAUUGAUUAUAAGAUAGAUACAUUAUCAAAAAGUGUUGAACAAAAAUAUAUGCCAUAUUGGUGUAUUGAGUCAUUUAAUUCAGCAACUUAUCAAACUACAUUUUCACAUUCUUUAAUGGUACCAAAUGGAUUUGAAGCAUCAACUUUCAAUUUAAUGGGUGUUACAUUCUUUAAUAAAACAUCACAUAUUAGUUAUACAAGUUUACCAAAUUCAAUUAAUUCUCAGCCACCAGUUAUCACUGAUAUCAUAUUAAAAAGUUCAUCUAAAGUUCUUGGAUUUUCAAUAACAAGUGAUCAAACAUUUAGUCAUUUAAUCAUUAAUGAUAAAUUAAUAAUGACUGCAAUUAAUAUUGUAAAUGGUAAUUUAAAAAAUGGUUACUUUGAAUUAUCAAUUAAUAAUAAUUUCAUAAAAUCAAUGUCAAAAUCACCAUUCACUAUUAAAACUUGUAAUGUUUUAUUUAGUUGUUCAGAAUUUCAAUAUAAUUCAACAGAUUAUAAUACUCAAUUUCCAAGUUUAUCUUUACCACAAUAUGAAAAAUUAUCAUUUAGUGAUAUAAAAUCAAUUAGUUUCUUAAAAAAUGAUAUUAAUACUACAAAUUCAAUAAUUAAUAAUUCAAUUUAUUUAGAAAGUGAUUCAAUAAAUUCAUUGGAGGCAGAUACAAUAUUAUUUAAAUUGGAUGAUUAUAAUCAUAAUGAAUUUAAAGCAUUUAGUUGGAAUUCUCAAUUGAAUUUAUUCCAAUGUAAUUUUAGUAUACCAGCAAAUUAUUAUUCAGGUUUAAUUUUUUAUUCAAUUUUAUUUGAUGAUUAUGAAUAUAGUUAUUCAAGUUUGUUGAGUUUAUUUGGACCAAGUUCAACAACAUUAAGAGUUUCAUCCACUACUCCUGAUAUGAUGCCACCAAUCGUUGCUUCAGUAACAUCAAAACCAAGUACAACAAUUGUAUUAAGUUCAAGUAAUUAUCAACAAAAUGAAUUUGGUUGGGAUAUUGUUAUUGAAGAGGGUGUUAAUGGAUUUGAUCAUGGUGAAUUCAAUAUAACUAGUAAAUUCGAUACAAUUGGUUACCAAUUUAAAUUUACUCAAUCAGAUUUAGUUAAUGGUAAUUUACUUAAAAUUAGAAUUAAACAACCAGAUAUUGUUUGUUUAACACAAGAAUAUUCAAUUACAUCUGCUUAUUUAGUUGAUAAACAAGGUUAUAAAACAUCAUCAUCAUCAUCAUCAUCAUCAUCAUCAUCAUCAUCAUCUAAAUCAUCUAAAUCAGAGAUCUCUGCAUUAUUCAAAGUUUCAAAUUCAAACCAAUUAACAAUUAAAGUUCAAUGUCCAGAUAGUAAUGGUAGUGGUUAUAAUAGUACAAAUAUUGAUUCUAUUCUACCUUAUUUAUCAUCAUUUUCAAUUAAUUCAAAUAUUAGUUAUAUGGAUAUUCAAAAUCAAGUUUUAUCAAUUGCUUUCCAAAUUAAAGAUAAUGAAAGUGGUUUAUCCACUAGACAUAAUCCAACUAUUUACUUGGAAGAUACACUUGGUAAUAUUAUUUUUAGUACAGUUGGUAGUGGUAUGGUUGUAUUGGAAAGUAGCUCACAUUCAAGAUCUUAUAAAUGUAAUAUUACAUUACCAUUUGGUUUUGGUUUCCCUGGUGGUGUUUCAGUUUCAAUCUAUGGUAUUGUAGAUAAAUUUAUGAAUGCCAAAGGUUAUAGUUCAACAAGUUUAAAACAAACCGUUGACAUUAUUAAUGGUGGUGAUACUUCAAAAUUCAAUCCAAUCGUUGAUACACCAUACAAUGAAACUUCUCCAUUAGCACCAUAUAUCCCUCAACCAAUUUAUAAUUCACAAUCAAAAACUUUACAAUUUGUUAUUUAUGGUUCAUUUGUUGGCUUAAAACCAAGUGAUAUCAUUGUUAAAGUUUCAAAAAAGAAAUCAACAACAAAUACUCCAAUUUUAAUAAGAACUUUAUUAUCAAAUAGUGAUGAUAGUGAUGAUGGUGAUUUCCCUUACACUGUAGUUGAAAUGACAGAUUCUAAAGUUGUUUUAAAUGUUAAUAUUACUGAUGCAGCUAAUGAUUUAGAUGCUGAAUCUUUAGAUGUUAGUUUUUUAAUUGGUGAUCAAACUCCAAUUCUUUACAAUAUUGAAAAUCCAGCUAUUGUCACAACUUCUGGUGCUUCUUCAACCUCUCUAACAACAGUAACAACAGGCACUUCUCAAACAACAAGUACUUCUCAAACAACGGGUGGCACUACCAAUGGUGCUUCAACUACUGAUGGUUCAGCAACUGGUGAUUCUACAACAUCAGCAUCAACAGUAACAACAUCACCAACCUCAACUACUGAUGGCAGUCAAACAACAUCACCAACCUCAACUACUGAUGGCAGUCAAACAACAUCACCAACCUCUACCUCGGGUGAUUCUACAACAUCAGCAUCUACAACAACACCAACUUCAACUACAACAGGUGGUUCAUCUACUGCAACAUCAACAUCAAGUGGUGGGUCAUCAUCAACAUCAACAUCAACAUCAUCAUCAUCAUCAUCAGUUCCAGAUUGUUCAAGUUUAUCAAAUUGUGGUGGUUCAAGUCAAGGUAAUUGUGUUGCAGAUAAUACAUGUAGUUGUAUUAACUCAUGGAUUGGAGUAGAUUGUAAUUCUAAACCAUUAAAAGGUGUAUCAAUAAAUGUUAAUCCAAAUGCACCAAGUGCUUCAUUAGAUCAAGAUGAUGGAUCAGGUGUUAAAUUAUCAAGUUUAAUUAAUCUUUACCAAAUUAGAGAAAUUGAUUCAGUUACAAAUAAAAUAAUUUAUCAAUAUGAUUUACAAGAUAAAUGGGUACCAGUAAAACAAGCAUCACCAAUACCAAAUACAUUUAUUUAUUCAAAUACAUUAUCAAAUGCUAAAAGUUCAGUUAUUUAUGCAAAAAUUGCAAUUUAUGAUAAACAAUCAACAUUUGAAUUUGCAGGUCAACAAUAUUCAAUUAAUCCAAAUUCAAUUAAAUUUACAAUUAAUAUUACAAAUUAUAAAGUUGAUAAUGUAUUAAAUAAUUUAGAAUUGAUUAUGCAAGCACAAUUAAAUUCAUCACAAACUGAUGAUAUUUGUUCAAAGAAAGAAGUUGUCAAAGGAAGUGGUUCAGAUCAAUUAUCAGUUCAAUUAAAUAAUAAAUCAUUAUAUUGUAGAUUUUUAAAUAGUGCAUUAUUAGAUGGAGUUACAGUUGUCAAUAAUUUAACUCAUGUAGAUUUAAAUUCAGAACUUCAAGCAUUGGUUGAACCAAAUUCUGGUCAAUAUUACUAUGGUAUUGUUUUACCAGUUUUUGAAAACUUUGUUUUAAUAGACCCAGAUUUUUCUUUACUUUUACAAUCGAAUUCAGUUUCAAGUGAAGAUGGUUUAUGUACAGGUGGUGGAGGUAGUGUAAAAGUAUUAAAUGGUGGACAAAUAGCUGGUAUUGUUAUUGGUGGUGUUGCUUUCGUUGCGAUUGCUGGUAUUGCUAUCUCUACCUUUGUUUUUAGAACUCAUCGUUUCAGUUCAAUGACAAUGUCAAUCAGAAGUUGGAAUGCUAAAAGACGUCAUUCAAAAUCUUUCAAAUUAAAGAAUUUCCAAUAA